AUGAUGGAGCGUCGUCAACGAGAAGCCGGUUGGAGCUCGAGUCAUGUAACUGGAGUCGCCGCGGCCGCCGGCGACAAUGACGCGUCGUCGACGAGAAGGCGAUCGGAGCUCGAACACCUCAAUCCCGUAGUAGUCGGCGGCGGCGUAUGGGGUGGAGAUGCGGAUCUUGCGGUUGUGGAAGUGGUACUCGCCGGUGUGAAGGUGCUGCCAGUUUUGGCUGCGCCGGAGAAGCACCAAACGCCUGGCAUCACUGUCACCGUCGCCGGCGGAUAUUCGUCGGCUUUUGCCCUCCCAGACGGCAGCCCUGCACCGCACUGUUCGUAUCCAUCUCCGGCGACGGAAAUUCUCCCACUUCCGCCCUCUCAGCCGCACGCAGAUUUGCCGACCGGAUCGCCGUGGCCGCUAUCCGCCAGAGUGUGGAUCGACUCCGGCUGUGCUAAGUCAGAAACCUCCGCCUUACCUGACGCCCUCCCGUUGAUCCCGACGCAGUUUCUUUCUUGCCGGUGGAGUUGA